AUGUUCCGGAGAACCUACCUUUUCCUGGUCCUAGUCCGGCUAUGGUUUGCAUUGUCGCCGAGCUAUCUUCACCCAGAUGAGAACUUUCAAGGCCCCGAAGUGAUUGCUGGGGAAAUCUUUGGCUACCCGGUCCGACGCACUUGGGAGUUUACGAGCGACAACCCAAUCCGAAGCGUGUUCCCAUUAUGGCCUGUCUAUGGGCUCCCUAUGCUUCUACUGCGGUGGCUGUGGAUAGGAAAUGGGAAUGACGGGGUGGUACCGCCGAUCGCGGUCUUCUGGACGCUGCGGGUGCUGAUGUUCAUCGUGGGCUUUGUGUUAGAAGAUUGGGCGAUCCACGAGCUUAUACAGUCAAAGCGGCAGCGGCAUCUGGCCGCACUCCUCGUUGCGUCUUCCUACGUCACUUGGACAUUCCAAACACACACCUUUUCGAAUUCGAUAGAAACACUGGUGGUAGCGUGGAGCUUGGUUCUGAUUGAGCGCAUUGUCGCCAGUCCGCCACAGCAGCGCGGUUCGGUUCUAGCUUCGACGGUCCUUGGAAUUGUUGUCGUUUUUGGCGUCUUCAACAGGAUUACAUUCCCUGCCUUUUUGCUGAUACCCGGGCUCCGGCUCUUACCUUAUUACCUGAAGAACCCUUUGGCGCUUACCGCGAUUGUGACAGCAGGAAUCUGCACAACCGCGCUUGCGAUUACCCUCGAUACGGCGUUCUACACCCACCACUCGAUCUCUUGGGCGGACCUCCUCCGAAACCCGGUUCUAACACCGAUCAACAACUUCCUUUACAACAUCUCGCCAGCAAACCUAGCGAAACAUGGACUGCACCCGUGGUAUCAACACCUGUUGGUAAACCUGCCGCAGCUUCUUGGGCCAGCAGUGUUUCUGCUGUUCCUACGACCCAGGCGUUCGUUACGCCUAUACUCAGCCCUUUCGGGAAUCGUUGUGCUUUCGCUAUCUCAGCACCAAGAAGCUCGAUUUCUCCUCCCAACCGUGCCCCUGAUUCUGUCCUCUGUGCGUCUCCCAAGAAACGACAAAAUCUUGCGGGCCUGGGCAGUAUCCUGGGUUAUUUUCAAUGUCAUCUUUGGCACAUUGAUGGGAAUCUAUCACCAAGGCGGGAUCAUCCCUGCCCAGGUGUUCAUGAGCAAACAGCCCGACGCUACCCAGGCUGUCUGGUGGAAAACAUACAUGCCGCCAAUAUGGCUUCUGAACGGGAAGAAUGAAGUCCUACGCACACGGGACGUGAUGGGCAUGAAAGGGGAGACGCUCUUAGACGAGCUGGCGCAGCUGGCGACGUGCGACACGCCAGCGGAUCGGAGGAGCAUGGAGUAUUUGAAGGAGAAGAACGGGACCUACCUGGUGGCGCCGCUAUCGGCGGCGUGGUUAGACCCGUACCUACAGAAUAAAGGGCUUGAUGGUUUGCGGUUUCGCGAGGUUUGGCAGUACAGACAGCACUUGAAUCUCGAUGAUUUAGACUUUGGGGAGGAUGGCGUUUGGAAUACAUUUUCUCGAGUUAUUGGGCGACGGGGUCUGGGGAUCUGGAGGGUAACAAAGAGCUGCCCUGGGGUAAAGGGGAGGUAG